AUGGAUGGCUAUGCUAGUGAGAUAGAGGCAGACAUUGAAUGUCUCCUAGAUCUUCAAACCUUCAUCCGGACACCAAGACUCGAGCUAAGGACGACGACUGUAGAGGAAUCUCUACCGCUGAAGUUUGAAAGCUUAGAAGAUCCAUCUGGCGUGUACCCCCCGAUCUUCGUUGACUUAAUUCAGCGCCGCUUCCCCAAAGCCCCUAGGUACAUUGUCGACUGCUUGGCAACUGCCUUUACUAGCCGUCUGGGCAAACAUCUUCGGUUGAGCCGUGGGAAGUCCCUGAGCAGGGAACAGAUGUUGGGUGAAACUGAUGAGGGCAUGUUUGUGUCUGUCAAACUCCAUUGUGAUAACGAUGGAGACCCGCGCAUUCCAUUAUUUUUUCGUACCAAACCUCAUACAAGAGCCCUGUGCACGAUAUGCAACAAAGUUGCCCCCUUGACUCCAAGCUUUGUUUGGGAGGCUCAUGCUUUCAAUGACAUGAAAGUUUGGAUUUGCCAUGAGCAGGGUUGUAGCCGUGGUUCAUCUUCUUUCGCAACAACAGUGGAGUGGGUAGCGCAUCUGGAAACUGAACACGCGUAUGGUACAGAAUGGCCGUCAAUUACUUGCACUUUCUGCGGUGAAGAAACAAAGAGUGGAAGGUCUUCAAUUUUCCAACACUUUGAACUACACAUGAGAGAGACAUGUCUAGAUGCCACGGAGGCGGUUGUGGGAUACAGAGGGUUACCCAUUUCGUUGCAAGAAGAAGUACCAGGAUCGGAAUCCUUGUCUCAGUCUGACGAGGAGGUUCUCUUUAAGAGUGCGAAAGAGGCUAAAGACAACAAAGAAGGGGGCAUAAAGAAUCUUGGAAUCGAGACGGCGCAGCAAGAUGUACAUGAAAGCGUCCAACUUGGUGCUUCGCACAGGUCUUUCGAUAAUGAGGAAUCGACAGAAACUGCCGAGGGAAAAGAGACAGGAAAACGGAUCGUGAAGGCGGGAAGCGAUGAAGAAUCUCCGGAAAGCGGUUUGAACCAACUGAGCGACGAGUGA